GGUACUAAUUUCUCCUCUUUCAAGAAAAUUUAUGUAUUUUCUUAUCAGGAGCAAGAAGAAAACAGAAAAGAUCUGGAAAUGUUGAGAAAAUCUGUUCAAAGACUAACUGUUGUUAUCAAACAUGUGAAGAUAACAGCUAAUAUGUGUACAUCAGCCUCAGAUGAAGUUUUAUUCCAGAAGAUUGACACUAAAGGUGUUGUAACCCUGAACAGACCAAAAGCUUUAAAUGCCUUGAAUUUAUCCAUGAUCAGAAAGAUCUUUCCUGUUUUAACAGAGUGGGAAAAUGAUCCGAAAACAAAAAUGGUGAUUAUAAAAGGUGCAGGAGAUAAAGCUUUCUGUGCUGGUGGAGAUGUUAGAGCCGUUACAGAAGCUGGAAAAGAAGGAGACAGAUUAGCACAAGAUUUCUUCAAAGAAGAAUAUAUUUUAAAUAAUAAAAUCGGUACAUAUGAGGUACCAUAUAUAGCAUUUAUAAAUGGAAUCACAAUGGGUGGGGGAGUUGGAUUAUCAGUACAUGGUGCCUUCAGAGUAGCCUCAGAAAAAACAGUAUUUGCUAUGCCUGAAACAGCUAUAGGUUUAUUCCCAGAUGUAGGUGGAGGUCAUUUCUUACCUAGAUUAGGGGGUAAAUUAGGUAUUUACCUAGCUUUAACAGGAUUUAGAUUAAAAGGAAGAGAUGUUUAUAAAGCAGGAGUAGCUACACAUUUUGUUCAAGACAAUAAAAUGGAAGAAUUAGAAAAAUCAUUACUUGAAAUGCCUGACCCAACUACACAAGAUAUUCAUCAUGUAUUAGAUAAAUUUCAGAAAAAUAGUACAGAUAUUCCUGAUAAAGAUUUUAUACUUGCCAAAGAUAUGGAGAAGAUUAACAGACUGUUUGGUGGUAAAACCAUGGAAGAAAUUUACAAAAAUUUAGAGCAAGAUGGUUCAGAAUGGGCAACAACGCAACUUAAUACAUUAAAGAAAAUGUCGCCAACAUCAAUGAAAGUAACAUUACGUCAGCUGCUAGAAGGAGAAACAAUGACCUUACAGGAUUGUCUUGUCAUGGAAUACAGAAUUAGUCAGCGAUGUAUAGAGGACCACGAUUUCUAUGAAGGGGUUAGAGCUGUUUUAGUAGACAAAGACCAAAGUCCUAAGUGGAAACCAGCUGUUAUAGAGGGUGUGACUCCACAAAGAGUUGAAUGGUAUUUCUCUCCUCUUCCAGAAGAGAGAGAGCUUCAGUUAUGAUGAUACUUACAUCAUAAGAGUGUUUAAACUACUGAAAUAUGUAAUCAUGUGAUAAGGAUUGUAAAUACGGAUAAAAAGAACUUUCUAUUACAUUUGAUAAUCAUGACAAUACAUGAACAUUUUGAUAAACAGGUGUUGUAUUUGAAAUUUCUCGACAGUAUUGGAAAAGUUUUAUAUAGCUUACAUUGAAAUAUAGAAAUUUGUUAAUUAAUUUUUCUCACUCAGUUUCACAGUUUAUUUUGUAUAAAGCUUUACAUACGGGUGCUUGAAAUUAUUAAGAUGUACAUGUUUGAAUGCAAUAAAAUAGAUAUGUAGACUUUUA